AUGGCACCCAUCAACAUCGAUCUCAGAGGUCUUACUCCCGCACCCGUAACUCCCUUCACAAAAGACGGCGCCGUCGAUUACCCCGCCAUCCAGCGCCUCGGCUCAUGGCUCGGCAGCAUCUCGGGCGUCAAGGGCCUGGUCGUGCUCGGACACGCCGGUGAGGGCACAUUCCUCACCCCCGAGGAACAAUGCGACGUGAUCCGGGCUUUUGUCAAGUCGGUUGACAACAAGAUCCCCAUCAUCGCCGGCAUCACAGGCGAGGGCACCGAGGUCGCGGCUUUCGAGGCCAAGAGGGCCGUGGAGGCGGGCGCGUCGGCCGGCCUGCUCUACCCGUCGCACGGCUGGCUACGCUUCGGAUACCAGCCCGGAGCGCCCCAGGACAGGUACAAGGUGGUCUACGAGCGAUCCGGCCUGCCGCUGAUCCUGUUCCAGUACCCCGACGUGACCAAGGCCACGUACAGCCUGCAGACGAUGCUGGACAUCGCGGCGCAGCCGGGAGUCUUCGCCAUGAAGAACGGCGUGCGCAACAUGCGCCGCUGGGACACCGAGAUCCCCGUCAUCAGGCGCGAGAGGCCGGACCUCCAGAUCCUGAGCUGCCACGACGAGUACCUGCUGCACACGGCCUUUGACGUCGACGGCUUCCUGGUGGGCUACGGCUGCAUCGCCCCGGAGCCGCUGCUCGAGAUGAUCGACGCCGGCAAGAGGAAGGACUACGCAAAGGCUCGCGAGGUGCACGACCGCCUGCUGCCUGUCACCAAGAACGUGUACCACCGCGGCUCGCACAUGGAGGGCACCGUCGCCCUCAAGCACGCCCUCGUGGCGAGGGGGAUCCUGGAGCACGCCACGGUGCGGUCGCCACUACUGCCGCUACCUGAUGGCGCCGAGACCGAGAUUCACGACGCCAUCAAGAUUUCCGCCCUGAGCAGGGUGGCUUAG